AUGGCCACCCGUGCAUCGCCGCUUGCGAGUCCGGCCAGCGAAUCCGACUAUGGCAGCGACUUGGAUAGCGAGGUGGUGCUUCAAGCCCUCUCUGAACUGGAAUCCGCGCCCGUAGCGUCCUUGGCCUUGGAAAGCAUCCGUGAUGAUGCGCUUCACGCUGCCGCCGUCCGCCUUCCAGUCCUGCUUUCAUCCGACCCAGGCGGGAAGUCGCCGCCUCUGUCGCCGAAACAUAUCGAGAUCGGCUACAGCCCGGGCCCAGGGGAUGAUGCCCGGAAGGAAGACCUUGCGGAGCCUUCUCUCGUGGAGCCAAAGCCAAAUCGCCACACCGCUCUCGAUGAGAGGUCUCCGCUGGAGCGCUUUCGAACCUCGCCCAAGAAGCCGCUUUCCGUUACCGACAUGGUUUCUCCAGCGUGGUGCGAGCUGCAAUACUGGUACACGCUGACGAAGCAUGGCCGGAAGAGACGGACUUCUGCCAUGAAGCAAGGCUCCAAAGUCCACAAACAGCUCGAGGAUCAGGUGCACAGAAAGGUUGAAGUCGCGGUAAAGUCAAGAGAGGAUGCCUGGGGCCUAAAGAUCUGGAACAUCAUCCAGGGUUUGCGAAUUUUGAGACAGACGGGCCAAACGCGCGAGCUCGAGGUGUGGGGAGUCAUUGACGGCCAAGUCAUAAAUGGCAUCAUCGACGAACUAUCCUACAGGUGCUCGGAUGAAGCGCUAGAGGAGCUUGCUCUUGCUCGACUCAAUAGGCUAAAGAGCCAGCCAGCCAGCCAGACGUCCAUCCCGCAGUUUUUCCAGGCCCAAGGUGCAGUCGAUCUUGAACCGAAAAGCUGGACUGACGAAGCGCACCAGCAGAGGAAGGUCUGGAUAACCGAUGUCAAGACCCGAGGCAGCAAGACUCUUCCGCAAGGCUCAUUGAUGAGACCCACAACCAUGCAGUUGAUGAUGUAUCGAAAGCUUCUAGCAGAGCUGGCAGCCAACCUGGUUGAUGCAGAAACCAUAUUCAAGCGAUACCGGCUUCGGUCAAGCGAAAACUUCACCGAUGCAUUUGUGGCGGAAAUGGCUGGCCUGGACUCCAAUUCUCAAGACGAUCAUGACGCCCUCUUGAGCAGCCAGGGGGGCGCCGUUUCGCAGUUGUUGGCUCACAACUCGCUCUUAAAGCUUUGGGGCUUGAUGAUCGAGGAGUUUCACAGGACAAUUCCAGGGCCUGGCGCUAUUGGCCAGGUUCUUCGGGCUGAAUUUCGCCACCAGCAAACCGGUGACAUCCUCGGAUCAAAGACACUUGUAUACGAUGAGAGCACGCUGGACAUCUAUCUCGGAGAGGAGAUGAGGUGGUGGCGUGGCGAGCGGAAAGCGAAAGGCGUUGAUAUCGAAGAAGCCUUCAAGUGUCGCACCUGCGAAUUUGCAGAAGAGUGCGGAUGGCGGAAAGACAAGGUAGAAGAAGCUACAGACAACCACCGCAAGAAAAGGGCAGUCAGGUCGAAAUCGGCGGUCUGA